AGACACCGAAGCGGGGUCUGGUUAAGGAUGAGACUGGCCGAAAAUGUCAAAUUUGUUUUGUCAUAUUUAUUUUAUUUGGUAUUUGACAUAAAUUCAGACACAUUGACCCCGGUGACAAUUUAGUAUGGAUUCCUGCGCUAUUUAUGGACUCGAAUCACAGGGACGGGCCCUCUGUUCCCACAGAUUUGGUGAGGAGGAGGUGAUCCGAUUUUACGUUGGGACCCUGUCACCACGGUCCGAAGGUCAUGUUCACCAGGUUGACUUCAACGAAGAGACAAACCACAUCAGCAGAAAGAUUUAUAAGCCGAAAGUCGGAGAAAUAUGGCAGAUUGUAGCCGCACCCAAUCCCGGAGGGAGCAACCUACUUGCCUUAACGUACAACCAUAUCACAGACAACUCUGCUCAAACCAGAGCUGGUGUGUUUGAGCUCCCUGAUUCGAAAUCUGGAGAAAAUAGCCAAGAGUUGAAAUCUAUUUGGAAGUUUGAAUCUCCAGAGGACCAGAAAUGUCGAUGUGUAGAUUGGCACCCGACAAAGGCAUCUAGACUUGCAGUUGUCUACGAUAAAGAGUUUUGCAUAUGGGAUUUCGGUACGGGUUCUCCACAAGUUCAUGCAACAUAUAAGCGAAACAUGGGCGAUGGGGAAAGUACAAUUCAAACCGAAGUUUAUAUGGGAAAGUGGAAUCCGCAUCUGGAUGGCAAUCAGUUUAGCUUAAUUUCUGGACAGUCUGUGGAGGGGAUUGAUAUUCGAAACAUGCAGAGUAGCUGGAAAUUUAAAUCAGCUCAUAAAUUUCAAGUCAGGGAUGUCGAUUUUAACCCUAAUAAGCAGUAUUACUUUGCUACUUGCGGGGAUGAUUGUGCAACUCGAUUUUGGGACAUAAGAAAACCUAACGACUGCCUAAAAGAGGUCUAUGAGCACUCCCACUGGGUUUGGAGAGUACGCUACAAUUCGUUCCACGAUCAACUGGUCCUCACAUCGGGGAGUGAUUCCGUGGUGGUCCUCCACGCACUGCCCUCCAUAUCUUCCGAACCCAAGGGGCAUCUCGUUUAUUCUGAGGGAGAUGACGGUGAAGAAAUACCUUCUCAACGGGAACAAAGGCUUGAGGAAGGAGUACUAGCAAAGUACGAAGAACACGAGGAUGCCGUGUACGUUACAGAAUGGUCAAGUUAUGAUCCUUGGAUAUUCGCGUCACUUAGUUAUGAUGGCCGCUUAGUUAUAAAUCGUGUACCACAAUCUCAAAAGUACAAAAUAUUAUUAUAACUAUUAUUGCAUUUUCGAUGCAUAUAUGGAUAAGUUAUUAAGGUCUAGUUAUUACUAUUUUUGUUGGAAAUCGAAUUUAUUUACGGAUUUAAAUUGGAUGAUUAUUAAAUAAUACUUUUAAAAUCAAAAAUACAGUAAUCACUAAAAAGUUUGAUUACUAUAUGCAUCAGCCAUGUGAAUAGGAAAAAUUUUAACGAUGUUG